AUGCGCUUGGUUUCCCAAGGUGAUGUUUCGAAUCGCAUUCGGUUCGAAGAUUUGCCGCUAGAGAUAAUAAAUAAAGUGGUAUUCUGGUUUUUAAACGGUCAAGUUGGUCAAGAUGCGCUGAAUCGGGAGAGUGAAUUUGCCAAAUACCUGUUUAUACCCAACAGUGUUAGAUUUGGCAAGUGUUAUAAGAGUUUGGUAUCGCUCUCUUCGACCUGUACGCUUUUACGAAGGGCCCUUGGUGAUAUUCUAUUCCAAAAUGUCAGUUUGGUUAGGAGCAAUCAAAUUGAUUCGAUAAUGUGUUAUCCACGAUCGCUUGAAAAAUUCAGUGAUAAGAAGACAUGUCGAAAAGUGUUUAUUUCGGAGUUGAUCAAGCGAAAUCUAGAGAAUUGUGGCAAUGAUUCUCAAGCUGACCUCAUAGAUUAUCCGAGCCGUUACAAAAGCUAUUUAUGCAUGUGUAACUUUGUACGGUAUUUGGAGUGUGAUAACACAAGUUUGAAGAAUGGUGACUUGAAGUUGUUUACAAACUUGGAAGCAUUAAAGAUUUUAGACGAAUGCACAGAGACACCAAUUUUGGAGCACGCAAACUUGCUGAAACUACAGUACUUGGCAGUUCACGCGAGGACAUUGAUGUCCACCCCCAUGUUAUUGACAACGUUACCCACCUUGAACCGGUUGGAUUUGUUUCUUGAAUAUUGCGAAAUUCCUGUGGAACCCGGUAUUGCAAAAAUUAUAUCAUCAUUUUUGGAAUCUACAAGCAAUAAACUCAAUGAAUUGGUCCUCAUUUUGGAUAGUCCUUUUACCAUCGGCUACUCAGAUACAAUAUCAUUGUUGAGUGCAAUUGCCAAAACGUCAAAGUUGAGGAAAUUGACAAUAAGACUGCCAAGGAGGAAAAGCUUUCACUCACUCAAUCAAGAUCGAUUUGUGUUGCAUCCAGGAUACUCUGGUGAUGAACUCAUGCUGCUAUUUCAAAACUUGACUGUACUCACCAUUGAUGUCCCUAUUUUGGAAGCCUUGAAAUUUCAUCCACAAACCUAUGAAAGCAUGUCUGUUGAAGGAGGAGAAGGAGAAGGAGAAGCUACUACUACCACUACUAUUACUACUACACCAAAAAAGAAACGCAAACACAUAGCUGUUGUUGACCGUGUUAUAACGGGACCUCAUAUAUCUUCACAUUUGAGAGAAACGUUGGGCCUCAUUAUACGAAAAUGCGGCUACACGAGCUUUGCGUUCCAAUAUGGAGAGUCCUUAGAAGAGAGUCACUUGCACGUGUUAAAACUCGUAACUGAUUUUAUUCAAUGGCUCACCAACUAUAGCAAACCGUAUUAUCUUGAGCUUGAACUGUUUUCCUUAGAGAAAUGCUGGUCGGUAAGUGACGAUUCUAUAAUAAGGGAGUAUUUGACUGGUCUUAUUGAAAACGGCAACGAUAGAUCUAAAGUAAACGCAGCUACUAUAUGGGGUAGGACUGCGUCCAACUCACCCCGAUUUCGAAUCAGAGACGUAUACUCCAUCUUUUAUACAAAAGAGUGUGGUUUUCCCAUUACCGAUUCACUGCAAUACUUUAUUGGCGUUUCGGAUCGACCAAGAUAUAAAGCAAACUUUACAAGAAGUUCCGAAGAUAAACAAAAUUGGGACGAUUUUUGGAGUAUCGAAACUUCAUUAUGUGACUUUGAGCAAUACUCAACCCAUCGUAGAAAAAGCUUACUUUUUGGAUAA